UCUGAUGGGAGGCUCAUGGAAAGAGGGAGAGAGAGAGAGAGAGAGAGAGAGAGAGAGAGAGAGAGAGAGAGUCAGUCAGCCAGGUAGAGUCAGGUGCUGUCUACAGUCUGGGACAGUGUCAUAGUUCUAUACAGUAGCAGAACAGUAGGGAUUGUGUGGAGCUGGUCUGUAGUCUAGCCCCUGACUGACUGGCACUCAACAAGAAUACCAGGCCUUGUUCAUCAACUGGAAAAUGAAUUCUACAUAACACUGAAGAGAGAAACUUGUCAGAGUGGAUCUUUCUUUCCCCUCCCCUCUUGUUCAUUCACUCUCUAGUCUCUCACACAGUGGCUGGAGCUGGGGGCUGUGUGAGUUUGUACUGUAGUCCAGAAAGAGAGUGAGAGGAAGAGAGGGAGGGAGAGAGGAAAAGAGAUAACAGGGGAGUGGACAGAGGCCAGGGGAGACAUGCUACGCUACAGCUCACCAGGAUCGGUCACCACCACCGAGGACAGUCCAGAGCAGCCCAGUGAGAGGAGGAUCCGGCGCCUCAGACUAACUCUUCAUACAGGAGACAAUGGACAGAAUGAGACCAAGAAACCAACCUCAGACAGACAAGAGGAGAAGGUUGUCAACGGAACAUGGAAGAAGAAGAACACAGUCAUCCAGAGAGAGAGACCAGCUGGCAGUGAGUCACCUGUACAGCACCUCAGUGCAGCGACCAAUGGGGAGCUAGAGACGUCGCUGCAGCGGCAGCACGGGCCCAAGGUGUACGGUGUGUUGCAGGGGACAGGCUCGGAUAGACAGCAGGAAGUGAUGGCGUGCGAGUGGUCUGUCAAUCACCUGAGGGAUGAGAUGAGUUACAUCAAGGAGGUGCGAGAUUCCCUGGAGAAGGUCAGAGAGCGGAUGUACGGCCAGUUUGGAGGAAUGCAACAUUCGAUGCAGAAACUAUCACAAGACAUCAGGACUGCCAACUCCCAGAGGAAGACUCUGGAGAAAGAGGUGAGGGUUCGGACUGCAGCCAUGGACAGCUUUGACCAGAUGAACAGCUCCCUCAUAUCUGCCAACAUCGACCUCCAGAAAUCUCUACUAGAGAGCUGUCACAAUCGUGUGGACACCCGGGAUGAGAUGAAGAGUCUGAGAAGCUCCUUUCAGCAGGCUGAGGAGAGGCUGAAGGAGAGGGAGAAGCAGCUGGAACUUGCCCAGGCUGAGAACCACACACUCAAACUGAAGGUGGAGUCGUCUCAGGAGGCCAACAGCCAUGCAGUGCAGGAGGUGACAGCGAGGCUACAGAGACAGUAUGAGGAGAGACUUCGGGAGGAGCAGAGGAAACACAGAGAGGAGAUAGAGAAGCUACAGGCCCAAAUUGAUGAGUAUAUUAGUCGAUUAGAGGAGGCAGAGAAGAAUGCUAAGAUUGCGGAGGCCAAGAUCGCUGAAAGGGACCAGAGGAUCAGUGAGGUGGAGCGCCUGCUGGACUGUAUGGGACAGGAAAAGGGCCAUCUUCAGAAGAAACUGCAGGAAUGUGAACAGCGUCUACGCUUGAUGGAGGUGACAUACAAAACAGAUGCAACUGUAGCAAAGAGUUCCCAAAAGUUGGAAGAGGAGGCAGGGGAGCUCCGUGAGAGAAUCAAACACCUGAAUGACAUGGUGUUCUGUCAGCAGAGGAAGGUCAAAGGCAUGAUAGAGGAGGUUGAAUCAUUACGAGCUAAAGUGGCACAGAAGGACAUGUUCAUCUCAGAACUUCUGGACAGAAUUGCUAUUGUGGAGUGUGAGAAUAAUGAGUUAGAAGACAAGCUGAAGUAUUUUAUGUCUGUACAGAGUACACCAAGGGAAGUUGUGCAAACCAGAGAGAUAGGAGUGGGCUGUGAUCUGCUCCCCAGACUUGAAAUACAAGGGUAUGAGAUUGAAACUAAUGUCCAACCUCCAGCAGCACAUUACCAACCCAGACAAACCCCAAUCCAUCCCUCUUCUACAGAAUACCUAGGACAGUCUAGGACAUUCAGAUCAGGUCUACCGCCACCCAGCAGACUGGAGUCUAGUUUACUGAGAUACACUCCUCCUGAGUACAGCAGGUAUCUGUCAACCAACUCCUCAAGAUCCUUUGGAACACUAACCAGUCCAACGCUGUCUACGUCUGACCCUCUAAGCCCUGAUCAGUCCAGUACAGAAGAGCCUGCCUCAGUUCCAAUCACAGAUAAAGCCUCAAGUCCAGAAACGGACAUUUCAGCCCCAUCCUGUUCUCGACCAAGAUCAAGCCCAUCCAAAAUCUACACACCUUUCAUGAAACUUAUGGAGAUAACAGCAAAGAUUAACAUUGAGUAAUCACAUGAAUAAAUACUUUUUAUGAAAGCUAUUCAGUAUACUGUAUAAGGUAAUAUGUUGCAUAUUGUGUAAAUAGUCUACUGUUCUGUAAAUAAUACUUGAAAGUAUUCAGUUAUGUUUGGUUUUGUUUACAGUUAAUGUUCUUGUAUGGUUUAUGGAAUUCUGAAUUCACUAUCAUGUAUGAAGGUUUAAAUUUAUACUGUAUCUUUUUCUAACAGUUUUAGUUUGCUCUCUAUAAAUUAGAUGCAAUAUUAUUUUAUUAUUAGUCAAAUUAUGUACAAAUAUGUAAAAUACAUAUACUUUGUGCCUUUAUUAACAGCUUCAUCACUGAUACUCCACAACUGUGAUGAUAAUCGUUUUUAACAUUUUAAAAAAAAUCUAUUGGAUAAUAUUUAACUAUAUCUGACAAAACUGAAGAACUGUAUUUCUACUGACUGCCAUCCCUGAGCCACUGGUAUAAGUAAUUUGUCUACACUGCCAGGACUGUGUAUAUGAGAAGUUAUGAUAAGCAUGACGUGCCUUUCUUGAAUGAUACUCAUCCAGCGCAUACUAAUGAAAUCAGUGUAUGUUUUAUUAUUAUUAUUAAUUAUUAUUAUAUGACCCUGCUUGUCGUCUUGACCAUGUUCUGUUAUAAUCUCCACCCAGCACAGACAGAAGAGGACUCCUCUUCUGAAGAGGACUCCUCCCCUCAUAGCCCGGUUCCUCUCUAGGUUUCUUCCUAGGCCCUGGCCUUUCUAGGGAGUUUUUCCUAGCCACCAUGCUUCUACACCUGCAUUGCUUGCUGUUUGGGGUUUUAGGCUGGGUUUCUGUACAGAACCUUGUGACAUCAGUUGAUUUAAGAAGGGCUUUAUAAAUACAUUUGAUUGAUUUGACUUU